CUCUUAAGAGGGGCCUGUCCGAUUUGCUCUCCUCUGUUGCUGAUGAUGAUGGCGGCCAGUAUUAAAAAAUAGCAGCAAAAAUUAUUCACCAGCUUUGUGUGUGUGUGUGUGUGUGUGUGUGUGUGUGUGCGUCUCUCUCUCUCUCUCUCUCUGUGUGUGUCUCUGCAAUUGUUCCACGCUUUUUUCCUCUCCAGCUUUUCCCCCAGCAGCGCGAUUUCCCUGCUACUCUAGCUGCUCAGUAGCACGGGUUUCACAGGGGAAGGUUUGCUGCUGCUGCUGCCGCUGCCGCUGCCUGGGAUAUCUAAACAUAUAUCUAUCCACACAUAUAUUGCUGCUUGUUUUGUCUCUGACUUUGACAACGACAAGGGGAAUUGCUACUAAAUAAUGUUUCUGUACGAUGAGCUGCCCCAUUACGGCGGGAUGGACGGAGUAGGGGUGCCGGCUUCCAUGUACGGAGACCCUCACGCUCCCCGGCCGAUCCCUCCGGUUCACCACCUGAACCAUGGGCCGCCGCUACACGCCAGCCAGCACUAUGGAGCCCACGCCCCGCACCCCAAUGUCAUGCCGGCCAGCAUGGGAUCGGCUGUCAACGACGCCUUAAAGCGGGACAAAGAUGCGAUCUACGGGCACCCGUUGUUCCCCCUGUUAGCGCUUGUCUUUGAGAAGUGCGAGCUGGCGACCUGCACUCCCCGGGAGCCUGGUGUGGCCGGCGGGGAUGUCUGCUCCUCGGACUCUUUCAACGAGGACAUCGCGGUCUUCGCUAAACAGGUCCGCGCUGAAAAACCACUUUUUUCUUCAAACCCAGAGUUGGACAAUUUGAUGAUCCAAGCAAUACAAGUACUAAGGUUUCAUCUUUUGGAAUUAGAAAAGGUCCACGAGUUGUGCGAUAACUUUUGCCAUAGGUACAUUAGUUGUUUGAAAGGAAAAAUGCCAAUCGACCUAGUUAUUGACGAAAGGGAUGGCAGCUCCAAAUCUGACCAUGAAGAACUCUCAGGAUCUUCCACAAAUUUAGCCGACCAUAACCCUUCAUCUUGGAGAGACCACGAUGAUGCAACCUCAACGCAUUCAGCAGGCACACCGGGGCCCUCCAGUGGGGGCCAUGCUUCCCAGAGUGGAGACAACAGCAGUGAGCAAGACUGCCAACCAAAUGAACACUUUAGGAGGAGGUGUAUAUAUAUGUCUGCAGCACCCAGAGGGUUAAUCCACCCCAUUGUGCAUAAGUGUUGGAGCUCUUAUGGGGAUGGGUUAGACAACAGCGUAGCCUCACCUGGUACAGGGGACGAUGAUGAUCCAGACAAGGACAAAAAGCGUCAGAAGAAAAGAGGCAUUUUCCCCAAAGUAGCAACAAAUAUCAUGAGAGCGUGGCUUUUCCAGCAUCUCACACAUCCAUAUCCUUCAGAGGAGCAGAAGAAACAGUUAGCCCAAGACACAGGACUUACAAUUCUACAAGUAAACAACUGGUUUAUUAAUGCCAGAAGAAGAAUAGUACAGCCUAUGAUUGACCAGUCAAAUCGAGCAGGCAAGUUUCAAGUAGUAUCUGUAUUCAAGUCCCACAGGCGCAAAUCCUCAUCAAGUUAUUCUUCAGGAGUCCCAUCACCUGUGAGCCAAGGAGCAGCAUAUAGUCCAGAGGGUCAGCCAAUGGGAAGCUUUGUAUUGGAUGGUCAGCAACACAUGGGAAUCCGGCCUGCAGGUUUGCAAGGCAUGCCAGGGGACUGCGUUUCUCAGGGUGGUCCUAUGGGUAUGAGUAUGGCACAGCCAAGUUACACUCCUCCCCAGAUGACCCCACACCCUACUCAGUUAAGACAUGGACCCCAAAUCCAUUCAUAUUUGUCAAGUCACCCCCAUCACCCAGCCAUGAUGAUGCACGGCGGACCCCCUACCCACCCUGGAAUGACCAUGUCAGCACAGAGCCCCACAAUGUUAAAUUCUGUAGACCCCAGUGUUGGUGGACAGGUUAUGGACAUUCAUGCCCAAUAGUAUAAGGGAACUCAAGGGAAAAAAACAAAAACAAACAAAAAAUCAAACCUAUUUUAAGACUUUUGAACUUUGACCAGAUAUUGACACUUAAAACGAAAUUCCAGACAGCUGUGAUUAUUUUUUACUUUUGUCAUUUUUCAUCAACAACAGAGGACCAAUGAAAAAAGAACAGAAAUGUGAAAUCAUGGGCUCACUGAAACAAUUAUGUCCAUGUACAGAUCCUCUGAGGGGAAAAAACAAAAAACAAACAAAAAAGACUCCAAGAGUUAUAACUACUGUAGUAUAAACAUAGGAACUAAGUUAACUUGUACAUUUCUGUUGAUCACUCCGUUAUGUUGCCUCAAAUAGUUUUAGAAGAAAAAAAAAUUCCUUGUUUUCCACACUAUGUGUGUUGUUCCCAAAAGAAUGACUGUUUUGGUUCACCAGUAAAGUCACUAUCCAUGAAAGACUACAGUAUAUUUCAGACCAGUUUUGGCCAGUGAAAAAAGAAUUACCCUGGAGAUGAAGAUGAAAAGUCUUGCUGGGUCUCUCAUCACUCAGAAGACAGUUCCAAGAAGGCCUUGCCAUCCCCUGGUUUUGUUCCUUCAUAAAUGUGUCCUUUAGUUUCAAACAGAUCUUUAUAGUUUGUGCUUCAAAAACCCAUUUUUUGGACUCUUCUUCAAAGAGCUUGCAGGUGAAGAUUUAAAAGACAGAGCAGGAGCUUCUUCCAGUAGUUCUGAGCCUUGGCUUUGGACAAAACAAAACUAAAAGUUGGGCAGCUUUCCUCAAUGAAAGAAGUUACUAAUGGUCUUUGCACCAAACCUAGAACUUUAUCAUGAACUCAAAGCUUGGGAAAAAAGCAAGAGAAUACUGUAACAAACUUCGUACAGAGUUCGGUCUAUUAAUUGUUUCAUGUUAGAUAUUCUAUGUGUUUACCUCAAUUGAAAAAGAAAAAAAAAAGAAUGUUUUGCUAGUAUCAGAUCUGCUGUGGAAUUGGUAUUGUAUGUCCAUGAAUUCUUCCUUUCUCAGCACGUGUUCCUCACUAGAAGAAAAUGCUGUUACCUUUAAGCUUUGUCAAAAUUUACAUUAAAAUACUUGUAUGAGGACUGUGACGUUAUGUUUAAAAAAAAGGUGUUAAGUCACAAAAUGCGGUAAUAAAUAUUUCAUUUUUGAUUUUU